CUACUUUCACUUUAGGCUGGAAAAUGUAAGAAAACGAUUAUGUCGAGCGACAAUAACGUCGAGGAAUCGACGGAAUACUCGAAGUAUGGAAUCAAGGAUGCCCCCAAGCCAGCGAUUGCCACGGCUUUUGGUAAGACCAGGACCUGUGCUGGUUUGGAUGCCAAGGAGACUGUGUUCCUGGUAGUUAGUAUUGUAAAUAUUCUGACAGCGCUGGGACUGACUCUUUAUCGCUUCAUCACCGUCAUCAAGGACGGCAAUUCGGACAGUUCUGAUUUUACGUUUGCACUCAUUCUCAUUAUAAAUGGAGUGUUCUGUAUAUUUUAUGCGUUUCAUGGCCUGCUGCGAGAGAAGAAGUACGAGCUAUAUGUCCUGAUCCUAGCUAUCCUUGUUGUACUGGUGUACUGUGUCGUGGAGUACAUCGUCAAUGUUGAUGGAAGGAGUACACUAAAACUGGUGAGGAUGAUUUUAGCCAUUGUACUGGCUCCCCCCAAUAUCGUCCUAGCGUGGUCAGUGGCCAGACACUUUGGUUAUUUAACAUUCAGAAUUGUUGGAGCAUCUGAAUACCUACAACAUUUGUACAAACAAGCCUCAAUCUUUUCCUCUAUGCUGAAGUUUGAUAUCCAAGUUACAGCAAGCUUCGUAAUUUGGGUUUUGAAAGAUGGAACAAAACUUGAUGUGUUCCAGCAGGUGGCGCUGUCUGUUGGACUGCCAUACUCCAUGCUGUGGAACAUCUUUGGUUGGUUCACUUUGAGGAGGGAAUGGAAAGCAGCAGCCUGGAUCUUUGCUUUCCUGGGUCUGGCAAAGCCCACCUACUACAUCUACCAGAUCAUCCAUGAAUAUCAAAGGCUGGAUGACAAAGACACGGAUAAAGGAGAAAUCCUAGUAUAUUCCACACUGGUGGCAGGAACACUAGGUCUACUGCUGUGGAUACUAAUUAUGAUAGAACUGAAAACGGUCUACAAAAAUUUUGGAGAAGGACUUAAAGAGAGAGCGUUUGAUGUUUUAGCCACAGAAAACACCAGUCUGAUCACAGGCAGAAGGGUACAUCGUUGACAAGUCUGCUGUGUGUCAGUCAAACUCGUGUAAUAGAGAUUACAAGGCAGAUAUAGAGCAUAAUUACCAAUCUACGCCAUAUUUUACUGUUUGUCAAUAUAGAUGGUUGAUCCUGUACAGAAGCCAUUACUUAGUUACUGUUGUUAUGCUGGGUACUUUAUAUUUUUAUAUACCAGUUAUACCAAUGUAAUGAAUAAUCUUGUUGAACUAGUUAUUGAUGUGUGUAUGUUUUUAUAUUAUAAGGCCAUAUUUUAUAAUUUUUUCCCUCUUAUUUGUGAACGGUUCCCAGUCAAUUUGUAAUGUAGAGUGAAACUCUUAUAUGCAGAUACCGUAAACGUAUUACAUUUAGCUGUGUAUUCUAAUUUGGCCAUUUAUCAGAAAGCAACUUCUGCUAAUUCAAGUAUAAUGCUA